UAUUAUGUUACUCAGUUGUACUUAAUACUCGAUUAUCUAAUUCUGAGAGAUUCCUGAUAAUGUUAUCAAUCGAUUCAUAACUUUGGCGGUCUUAGUCAAAGGUUUCUAAUAGAAGUUCUUGUAGAUAUUGGGUGAAAUAGAAUGCUAUCAUUUUUAAUACAUCGGAUGAUUAACCAUCAUUGUUAAUCGUAGUUAAAAACGCAUUUAUUUUUAUUAUUCCGUAGUAUUUUGGUCAAUAUUUCUUGUAAGAUGGUGUGUGAGUUAUCUGAUUUCCCACCUGGACCUGCUGAUGGUCAAAUCCCUUUAUGUAAAAUAGAUGGUGACUUGCACUAUUCAUCUCCAGAAUUUUUAAAUCUACAUGUGUAUACCUCUUCUGUUUCUGACCACCCUAAUGUUGUUAUUUCCCGAGAUGUAUUACAACCAUCAUUGCGAAAAUCUUAUGAAGGAAAAGUUUUCCUUCCAACACCAGAUUCUAUGCUUCAGCGUCUUCAAGAUGCUUGGUAUGAAUGUGGAAUCAUACGGGUUUUGGAAGUUUUAAGUCAAACAGAUGGACAACCUCCCUCACUUUUUCAAAGAUUAGCUAGUAACAUACUUUUUGCUUGUAAUAUUGGGAAACAACUGAAAGAAAAGUUUUUUUCUCCUUCUGAAGAGAGAUAUUUCAGAGGGGAUGAGGCCAGAGUAGGCCCUGUGAUAUGCAUGUCAUGGCAUCCUAGCAACACCAAACUUGCCAUUGGCACCACAGAUGACUCAGUCAGUAUUUUUUCAGUCCAAACUCGUAUCACUCCUGUACUCAAAUCUAAAGCUCAACGAAGGAUCACUGAUAUUGCUUGGAGACCUCUCACUGCUGGAGAAUUGGCUGUUGGUUGUGCAGAUGGCAUUGCUUUGUGGAAUGUUGACCCUAAUUCUUUUGUGGCCAGACCUUCAUCUUCUACUGCUGUUGUUCUUCGUCAUUCCUAUGUCACAUCUAUUGCUUGGAGUCCUCAGGGAGAUAUUUUAGUCAGUUGUAAUGGUAUGGAUAAGAGUAUAGUUGUAUGGCAUGUGGAUACCAAAGAGAGGAUUGCCGUCCCUUGUGCUGGUGGAGCUUCUUUUUUACUUUGGAAUCCUUCACUUUCUAAACUUAUGGCUGCGACUCUUUCAAAAACAUUUAGGCUAUGGUCUACUGAAAAAUGGGACUGCGAAACUUGGACAACUGCUGGUGGCCGUGUAACAGCUGCAGCCUGGUCUCAUGAUGGAAACUGUCUCCUUUUUGCUACAUCAGCGCUUCCAUAUAUUUACUGCCUGCAAAGAGAUAGAGAUCUCUUUGGAGAUGCUCCCCCCGCUAGUAUUGUUGCCAACACAACAUUUGUUCAGAUUCCUGGAACUGAAGAUAUGAUAGGAGGAGAAGUAAAGAAAAUGGAUUGGGAUAGUGAAAGUCGUCAUCUUGCUGUACUUUUUAGUGAAGGUCAUUACGUAGCUGUUUAUAUAACAUCACUUGGCACAACCUUAAAUAUCCAACCAGGAUUUCUUAUAAAGGGGAUAUCUGAUGAAAUACCCACUUGUUUUUCUUUCCAAAAAGAUUUUGUUGAUGGAGCCAACCUAACUAUCUGUUGGAGUACUGGAAGAGUACAGUACUUUCCUAUGGUUUAUAAGAGAAAUCUUUCUUCUACUUUUCUUCGUUCUCGGUCAGCAUUGUAAUCCAAAAUAAUUAUUGUCAUGUGAUAAUUUUAUGUACUAAAUUUUACUUUAUUCUAGUUUUGUAAUGGAAUUAUAAUUUUAAAUAAAGACUGCAAUUAUUAUUAUUUAAUUAAUA